GUGACCAUGGAGUACAUUUACCGUCAUGUAGUACAGCAUUAAUACACGGAGUAUUAAUUUUGGGGGGAUGAAACUUUAAAGAGAUUUCACGGAGCUACUGUUGAAAACAUGGCUGUACGAGAGGAAGGAGAGGUUUUGCACAGUAAAAUCAGGCACCACGAUGGUGUUGGCAAUGCAAACAGCACGGAGAGCUUCAGGAACGGGUAUGUGAAGAGCUGCGUCACCCCAUUAAAACAAGAUCAUCAGAGGGGUAUUUUAUUCAACGUCUGUAAAUAUUGCAAUGAGGAUAUUUUGAACUCCAGACUAUUCCGGGCCUCUGCUCUCUAUAUUGGUUCAUUCGCAGUUUUUGCGGUUUCCCUUUUUAUUUCUUGGAGCUUUCAAAGUGAACAUAUUUUGGAUCUGCGGACUUUCCUGUCUCGUUUCUCGCAGUCCAUCAGUCCUUUAUUCAGCAUAGGCUGUGCGUACUUCUUUUUGACAUUUUAUCUUAGGCGGAAAAAGAGGGAAAGUAGUAGAUGUUGGCUUUUGUCCCUUCCAGCAUCAUGCUACUUGGGGGAUUUCAUGGUUUUGCGGUUUUUGCAAUGGGGAGAGGACCAACAUCAGAUGCAAAUGGUGGGCCGGUUGCUAUUUGUUCUGGGAUGUGUGGGUUUACUGACUCUGAUCCCCACUUUGAAACUCAAGCAUAGUGUCUUGAUUUUGGUGUUCGCCAGCUUGGUGUGGCUGGUUUCCUUCACCAGUCUGAGCUGCCUGCCUCCGUCCCUGAGGCCAGUCUUGGCGUGCUUGGCGGGGGUCUCUGGCUCUCUUUUAGCGCUCUGUUUUGACCAUUAUUAUCCUCCGAGGGAGGCACCGAACAGGAUCCCCAACGCCGAGGAAAAAGUGCCUGUGAUCAGACCCAGGAGAAGGUCCAGCUGUGUUUCUUUGGGAGAAACAUCAACGAGCUAUUAUGGCAGUUGUAAGAUGCCUCGCAGACCCUCCUUACCAUGUAUAUCCAGAGAACAGAUGAUCCUGUGGGACUGGGACCUGAAACAAUGGUACAAACCACAGUAUCAGGGUGCUGUGAGUGGGAACGGGGUGGACCUGUCUGUGAUAAACGAGGCCAGGAACUUGGUGUCUGAGCUGCUGCUGGACUCCUCACUCUCACCUCAUGUGGUCUCCUCACUGCGAAGCAUCAGUAGUCUCAUGGGCACCUUCUCUGGCUCCUGCCGACCACGUGUCAACCCCUUCACCCCCUUCCCUGGCUUUUACCCUUGCACAGAAAUGGAUGACCCUACAGAAAGGGCAGACAGAAAGCCAGUAAGGGGUCUAAGCAGCAGGAACAGUCUGCCCACCCCUCAGCCUAGAAGGAGCUCUGCCUCCUCCUCACUGGCUCCUCUGGAGUUAGCGGCUUCACGCUGGGACCGAAGCAGUGGCAAGAGGCCACACCCUGAGCUCAGCAGCAGCAGCCAGGGGCCUCUGUCUAAUGGGCCCAACACCAACUUGCUGACCAUUCCCAAGCAGAGGUCCUCUUCUGUCACCUUGACCUACCAUGCAGUACCCCGGAGAGCAGGUACGUCCCCAAGUCUGAGUCCUGUCAGCUCUCCUAAUCACAGCCCCCCCGCUGCUGGCUCCUCUCUGGUGACCCGCUCUCCAGUGGAGUUCCCAGACACGGCAGACAUCCUCACCAAACCAAGUGUGAACCUACACAAGCCUCUAGGUUACGCGCUCAGCUCCCCAGACUUCCAGCAGCAGUUCCGCUCAGCUCCUGGCCCCCUCUGCACCAGUUGUGGGCGCCAGUUGCUGAAGAGCGGGUCCAGUAUAGAUGGAGGUGAGGGCCAUCUGCUCUCUAGUGCUGAGAUGCAACGUAGACGCUCAGGUGAGAGCAGUGAGCACACAGAGGGGCUGAUCAGGGAGGAGAGCGUAGAGACAGAACCUCAGGAUGGGAGGACUCCGGACACAGGGAGGGACAGAGACAGAGGGACACCGCCGAAAGAGGAGGAUGAGGAGGUGGACAAUCCCAGUGAGGAGCAGCAGAUUCAGGACCCAGAGAGUGAGGAGGAGUUCAGACUCGACCCCCUGCUGGAGGAUCAUCAAGCCCUUAUGGAGAAGAUCAACACCUGGAACUUCCAGAUCUUUGACCUGGUGGACAGGACAGGAGGAAAGACGGGAAGAAUACUCAGUUAUGUGGCGUACACUUUGUUCCAAGACAUGGGUCUGUUUGAAAUCUUCAAAAUCCCCGCCAGGGAAUUCAUGACGUACUUCUGCGCUCUGGAGAACGGCUAUCGGGACAUUCCCUAUCAUAAUCGAGUCCAUGCCACUGAUGUCCUCCAUGCAGUGUGGUACCUCACCACCCGGCCAAUCCCUGGUUUUCAGCAGAUCCACAACGAGCAUGUGACAGGAAGUGAUACAGAUUCAGACAGUGGGAUCUCUCCUGGCAGGGUGUCGUACGCCUCCUCCAAAAGCUCUUCAAUCUCAGAUGACAGUUAUGGCUGUUUGGCCUGGAAUGUCCCUGCUCUGGAGCUCAUGGCACUAUAUGUAGCAGCUGCUAUGCAUGACUACGAUCAUCCUGGUCGCACAAAUGCCUUUCUUGUAGCCACUAAUGCACCUCAGGCGGUGUUGUAUAACGAUCGCUCGGUUCUGGAGAACCACCAUGCGGCAGCUGCCUGGAGCCUGUUCCUAUCCCGACCACAGUUCAACUUCCUGGUCAACUUGGAUCAUGUUGAGUUCAAGCGUUUUAGGUUCCUUGUCAUUGAGGCCAUUCUUGCUACAGAUUUGAAGAAGCACUUUGACUUUCUUGCGGAGUUCAACGCAAAGGUUAAUGAUGUGAAUAGCCCAGGAAUCGACUGGACUAAUGAAAACGACAGGUUGUUGGUUUGCCAAGUAUGCAUUAAGCUGGCAGACAUUAAUGGACCAGCAAAAGACCGCAGCCUUCAUUUGAAAUGGACAGAGGGCAUCGUUAAUGAGUUUUAUGAGCAAGGCGAUGAAGAAGCCAGUCUUGGACUACCCGUUAGUCCCUUCAUGGACCGUUCCACGCCCCAGCUGGCCAAGCUGCAGGAGUCCUUCAUCACGCAUAUUGUAGGACCCCUGUGCAACUCUUAUGAUGCUGCUGGCCUGCUUCCUGGCUACUGGAUCGAUGAAGAAGGCUCUGAAGAUGAAGAUGAGGAGGCUGAGGACACUGAAACUGAUGAAGAUGAGUUGGAGGAAGAGCUUGAACCAAAGCGGAGGAAGGGUCGACGUCGGCUUUUCUGCAACAUCAUGCAGCACCUGACAGAGAAUCACAAGAUAUGGAAGAAGGCCAUAGAGGAAGAGGAGAAGAGUCGGGAGCUGAGCAAGCAGCAGCAGCAGCAGGCCGACAGCCCCAGUGCGACCCCGUCCUCGCCAUCCUCGGACGACAUCCAGGUGAUUCAAGAGGAGGCUGAAGAGGAAGAGCGUCAGUAACUGGUGGAGGAGGCAGAGCCUAAACAGGAAGCUCCGGAAGGGGCUGAAAUGAGGGCAUAUA